AUGCCACAGGCAACUUCAGCUCCUGCUGCUGUCUCAGCUGUGAGCUUUAAGCUACCGCCAUAUUGGCCCAAUGAUCCAAUUGUUUGGUUUAGCCAAGCGGAAUCUCUGUUCCGUAUUCGUGGGAUAACUCAGCAGGACACGAAGUUUGAUCACGUGAUUGCCUCACUAGCCCCGGAGUUUGCUGCUGAGGUCCGGGACCUGCUGAUGAACCGGCCGCCAACAAAUCCAUAUACUGCCUUGCGCUCUGAACUCAUAAAGCGGACGCAGUCCUCCGAGCAACGGCGCUUGCGGCAGUUGCUCACUGAGGAGGAGCUUGGCGAUAAAAAGCCAUCGCAACUCCUCCGCCGCCUUCGCCAGCUCCGUGGGGAUUCGCCCAUUGAUCCGUCUUUCCUUAAAGAGCUGUUUGUGCAGCGAUUGCCACCCAAUGUGCAAAUGGUGCUUGCCUCUGCGCCUGGAAGUUUGGAUCUGGAAGCUUUAGCCGAGAUGGCCGAUCGGGUUGUUGAAGUUGCCCGUCCACCGGCAGUUAGCUCUGUUGAGCCAAGUGUGGAACUGUAUGCUGUCGUGGAGAGCCUCUCCGCCCAAGUGGCUGAAUUGUCUGGCACCGUCCAUGCCUUAACCCAACGUGGUCGCCCGCCAUUCAGUCAACAUGGUCAGCGCUCGUCUCGCUCCAACUCACCGGCUACUGCCAAAAUUGGCACUCAAGACAGAGUUGGCACACCAGACAAUCAGAUCUGCCGUUACCAUAAGAAGUUUGGCACGCGGGCCAACAGAUGCUUUGCUCCCUGCGCCUAUCUUCAGGGAAACGCCCCCGCCAGCACCUAG